GCCGUCAACAGCGCGGCAUGAGCGGCACCGGCGUCCUUUAUGGCGGCGGCUCCCGCAGCCCGGGGCCCGGCUCCCCCCUGCCCGGCUCCCCCUGCAGCCCGGAGCUCGGCUCCCCCGUGCAGCGCCUCUUCCGCAGUGAAGCCAAAAGAAUGGAAUUACAAAGAAACCUGAUAGAAUACAGGAGGUCGGAUGCAUGCCUAAUGAAACUAAAAUACAUGAAGCUGAAAAACUACUUGAAAGAAGUACAGGAGCGCCAGGAAAGAGCUCGUCUGCGGAACCAGACCCUGCUGGAGGAGUUUGACCAGUUUGAGGCUCAAAUGAAAGCUUCAAGCUUGGAGAUGACUCAGAAGAUGGAAGCAUCGUACAGAAGAGAAAUCAAACGCGUGUUAGCGCUUGGAGGGGCUGACUUGGCAGCAGGAGGUGAUGAGGAAUGGGACUGCAUGGAGCAGGUGCCGUGGGCAGGAAUCGGCACCAGGACAACCGUGCCAAGACGGCUCCAUCACCCAGCUACAGGCUUUAUGAGCCGCCACACAUCAGGCAUCUCCGCUGGCAGGGGUUUGGGCACCCAGCAGAACCCCCCUCAGCCCACAGAGAGCUGCUCAGCGCCUGAGCCAUCACUUGAAGGACUUGGUCUGGAGAGCAGAAGUACUGAUUUAGAGAGGGAAGCAUCAGUGGAGAGAGCAGCGAGACCUGGGGAUGUGGCUGCCGGUGAGGAAGACUCUGAGGAGCUCAUCUCUUCAGCUUCUGAUAGCAAACCAGGACCGAAGCCAGGCCUGGGUAACCGGUGGACUCCUAAGGAGCUGAGCUGGGGCAUCAGCACUGUGCUGCCAGGUCCUGCCAGCACCGAGGAGGUGAUGCCGAGCGUGCCGCAGGGAUUGGCCUCACCAGUGGCAGACUGGGAGCAGGGCAGGGAUGCCCACACUGCAGAAGACUCCCCAGUGCAUGCACCAAACCCUCACGUGGAGCAGGAGGAGCUGCCCUUGGGCAGCUCAGCACCAGGCAGCUCCCGUGGGAUGCUGGCAGCCCUCUCCCGUGCACUGGAGCAGAUAGAAGACGUGGUGAGGACGAGCACCCGGCGCCGGGCGCUGUACCAGGGCAAGCACAUGGUGACGCUGGAGCUGCUCAGCGGGGCCACCAGGCUGGAAGACGGAGACCUAGAAGCAUGCGAAGCUGUCGUCCUUCAUCAGCUUCGGGCUUCCUUACAGAGCUGCCUCCUAACCGAGAACACGCUCCGGGCUCAAGGCAGAGCAGAGGGUGAAGAGCAAAGCAGGCCGGAGCAGAGCUGGGACACGGACGUGCUGCGGACCUGCCUGAGCCAGCAUGCCCUCUUCCUGAGGAAGCACCACGUCCAGCUCCCGCAGGAAGUGUCGGAGAUGUUCGAACGCCUGCUGGCACAGGAUGGCCAGGCUCUGCUCGGGUCGAGAGAGGCCCUUCCAGGAGACAGCGGGGACAGGUCAUCUCCUCACAGUCAUGAACCCUCGUGCAGCACCUCGUCAGCCACCCCAAACGGUGCCAGGGAGACAGAGGAGGCAGAACACGCUCCCGGGCUCACCGGCAUGGGAGGACAAGAAGUCCCAAGCUGGUGUGAAGAUGAGAGCAAGGAAGAAAGCGCGGUCGAAAAGAUUCCUAUUACAGGUCACCUUUAAUGAGGCAAUAAUGCUGCCAAGGCUUUCCCCACGCCCACCGGCCUUCCCGGUGAGGUCCUGCUUUGAGCUUGAAGUUAAAAGGUUCCCAAGGUUCCACUUGGAGUGUGCUAAUGAAGGUGCUCACACGUUGACCCAACUUUUCACUUUGAUACCAGCCCAUUCACAACUGCUGCCAGGGGCAAAGUUCCUGUGUGUGCGAUGAAUCGCUGCUGCGGUCUGACAGUACCCCCUUGGGAUCUGGAGCAAGGACUGGGAGCAGGAGGUUGUACCUUCUGCUGAAGUUAGUUUGGAUUGCGUACUCCAGGAGCUGAUACUUUACACUGCUUAAGUUCCUGAAAGGCCUCAGGGUCUUUUUGCAGUUAGGAAUUCCAGGUGAAAAUCCUUCUUCAAUCUUUAAAAAGAGGCAGCAGCUUCUUGUUUAGUCUGGAGAAGGCUCAGGGGGGACCUG